UUAGAUGGAAAGGCAAAACCAUGGCGAUGUCACUGAUUUGUAGUCGGUUGUCUGUAGGAUUGAGAAAUUCUGGGUCCAGGACAGCUUUCAGCUCGACGUGUAAGGUUCUGGGCGGGACGUCAGGCCUCCUCCGGGCCCAAGGCGGGGAGCAGAGACGAAGCCUCUCUCUGCAUGAGUACCUGAGCAUCGGCCUGCUGAAAGAGGAGGGCAUCUCUGUGCCCGCAGGCAUAGUGGCCAGUUCACCAGAGGAGGCCUAUUCUGCCGCCAAGCAGAUCGGCUCUAAGGAUCUGGUGGUGAAAGCUCAGGUACUGGCUGGGGGGCGAGGGAAGGGCACGUUUGAAGGCGGUCUGAAGGGCGGGGUGAAGAUCGUUUUCUCGCCAGAGGAGGUGCGGGAAAUCUCCUCUCAGAUGAUUGGGCGAAAGCUGUACACAAAGCAGACUGGAGUGAAGGGGCGCAUCUGCAACCAGGUGUUCAUCUGUGAGCGCAGGUACCCCCGUAGGGAGUACUACUUUGCCAUCGCCAUGGAAAGGUCCUAUCAGGGCCCGGUGCUGAUUGGUAGCUCUCAGGGGGGCGUGAACAUCGAAGACGUGGCGGUUGAGAACCCUGAUGCCAUUGUGAAGGAGCCCAUUGACAUCGUAGAGGGCAUUAAGAUGGAGCAGGCUGUCAAGGUGGCGCAGAAGAUGGGCUUCCCCCCCGGUUUAAUAAACGAGGCAGCGGAGAAUAUGGUCAAGCUCUACAACCUGUUUCUGAAAUAUGAUGCUUCCAUGGUGGAGAUCAACCCAAUGGUGGAGGAUUCCUCAGGCAUCGUGAUGUGCAUGGACGCAAAGAUAAACUUUGACUCCAACGCGGCAUACCGUCAGAAGAAGGUGUUCGCCCUGCAGGACUGGACUCAGGAGGACCCGCGUGACCAGCAGGCGGCCGAAGCCGACCUCAACUACAUCGGCCUGGACGGCACCAUCGGCUGCCUGGUUAACGGUGCGGGGUUAGCCAUGGCUACCAUGGACAUCAUCAAACUCCACGGGGGCACGCCCGCCAACUUCCUGGAUGUGGGGGGCGGAGCUACUGCGCAGCAAGUGACGGAGGCCUUCAGGCUGAUCACCUCAGACCGAAAGGUGCAGGCCAUCCUGGUGAACAUCUUUGGCGGCAUUAUGAGGUGUGAUGUCAUCGCUCAGGGGAUCAUCAUGGCUGUCACAGAUCUGGAUUUGAAGAUCCCCAUCGUUGUUCGCUUGCAAGGGACGAGGGUGGAUGACGCCAAGACCCUCAUUGCUGCCAGCCCCCUGAAGAUUCUGGCCUGCGAUGACCUGGACGAAGCUGCAAAAAUGGUUGUAAAGCUUUCUGCAAUAGUAUCACUGGCGAAAGAGGCCCAAGUGGAUGUGAAGUUUCAACUCCCUCUCUAAACUUCACUCCCUCCUCCAGUAGCAGGAUUACAUCGCUGGCAAGCAUCCUCCCAAACACUGUACGGAUCUUGGUCUUUUUGUUUCAUUUUUGUUUUUUCGUAAAUUAUGUUUUGUUUGGUGGCAUGGCAUCAGUCGGUGUUACCUAGGCUUUCAAAACACGCCGCACUUGUCCAGAGAUUGGCCUGGCUAUGUCUCCAGUAUUUACGGGUCUGUCUGGUUGGUUCUGUGCUUCCAUAACAGGGUAAUGUCUACAGUCUCUGUUGGCUCUAUUCAGAAGAUAAACCUCCUUUGCUGCUGCUUUCCCUUCUCUUCCUUCAGGGAUCUGAUGCAUCGGCUCAGUGUCCACUGUUUGUUGUCUGGUGUGCAAUUUCAGAAGCAGCUCCAGAACUUGCUCACUCACUCUCUUAAUUCAAUUACAUUUAUAGGUGAUAUGAUAUUACUUGGUGUUCAGUGUCGAGAAAACAACUUUUAUCAUUAUAUUUCCAACACCUGUUGGAUAUGUGUGCGUGUGCGUGUGCGUGUGCGUGUGCGUGUGCGUGUGCGCGUGCGCGUGCGCGUGCGCGUGCAUGCACGCACAGUGACCUCCAUAAUGUUUGGGACAAUAUUUGGCUCUAGUCCACAAUAUAUAUUUGUAGUCAGACUAUUGACAUCUGGACAAAGUGCAUGCUGUCUGCUUUUAUUGAAGGGUAAUUUAUAAACCUUAGUUUCACAAUGUAGAAAUUUCACAUUUAUACAUAGCCCUCCUGUUUCAGGGUACCAUAGUGUGUGAGAGAUAUUAAUUAUAUGUCAGUUAAAGUAGUCAUGUUUAGUAUUUUGUGGCAUAUACUUUUUGAUGUCUGUCACCCAUAGACAUCACCAGGUGUUGAGCGUCUUCUCUUGUGAUCGUCUGCAGGGUGCUUUGGAUCUUGGUAAAUUCCUUUUGGCCUCUAUGCCUUACUCUUGCCAUCACUCUGAGUGAAUAUUGGUCUCAUCUGUCUACCCAUUUCCACAGAUCUUCUGUGGAGGUUUCUUUGGAUGAGUUUCUGGGGGGCUUUCUUCAUUAUGGUGUGAAUUCUUUGGCCUUUGCUGUUACUGCGCUUACCAGUGCUCUCUUUGUUUUCUUUCUUCUAAAUGAUGUUCCAAACUGUUGAUUUUGUUAAGCCUAAGGUUUGGCUUCUGCCUGUUUCUUUCUUCCCCCCCCCCCCCCCCCAUUUUCUUCAGCCUCAUUCAGCUUUUGUCAAUCAAAAGCCUAGAAUCUUAGACUAGACGUUGAAAGAUCUCUUAUACCUGCACAAAGGAAGCAAUUGACAUGAGCCAUUUGUCCCAAACAUUAUGGUGCCCUGAAAUGGGCAACUAUGUAUAAAAACUGCUGCACUGUCUACAUGGUGAAACCAAAAUGCACAUAUAACCAGAGAAUCUGCAUGUUUUCCACAUGUGAAUUGUUUAAUUACACAUCUAACAUUGUGGAGUACGGAGCCUAAACAUCUAUCCAUCCUAAACAUGGAGCUCACAGUGUACGCACUACCGGUCAAAAGUUGUAGAUGACCUCAUAUAGCACAAUGUAAGAAGUGAAUAGUCAGAAGUUAAAAAUAAUGGCUUACUUCAAGUCGUUGUAAUAUCGAGCUAGUUUGGGACAAAUUGGACUGAAAGGUCAAGGAGAAGCCACCCACAAGUGCUGCCCAGAAUUUCUACAGCAGUGUUGGAUGUAGAAAUCAAAACUACAUGACUGCCCUAGAACAAAUGCCAUGAAUGUACUCAGCAGAUAUUACUGCAUGCGGUGGUUGUUCUGAUGAAUCUAAGAUUUAGCCACAUUCUUUUCUAACAUAAGGGGUUCUAUUUUCAUCAUCAAAAUGCAAAAGUCUAAAGUGCAGCAUGCAAGUCCAUUUAGGGUGUGAUCAGACGCACUUUUGCUGGUUUAACGGCGGAUAGUUAAAACGCAAAGUACAGUAAGGUACAAUGUUCAAAGGGGCAGGACUGAUUAAUUAAUCGGUGUGUCUUUAGCGUAACAUACGAUAAACCAAUCAGAAUGCCAUCUGCCAUUCCCUUUAAAGUCAAGUGCGUUUGCUCCUUGGCGCAUUGCUAAUAGGACGGUGGAUGUAGCAAGACGUUGUAUUUUUAAUGUUCUUCAUGAAAAUACACAAUAGUAAUUUACAUUACAAUCUUAUACGAUAAUGAAACUGCGACAUGAUUUAAGAGCAGGUUUUUGUUGGUCAUAAUGUAUCGUAUUCAACUGCAUCAAAAUGGCAAUAUGCUCAGAAUUACCGUGACCACGGCAUAUUUGAAGACCAACACACCCCAAAUGGGUGCAUUUGCUAUUUUAUCCGUGAAGGCGCUAGAGAGAAAAAGUGCAUUGGGUCUCUGAAACUAGCAAUGACAUUUGCGUUUGGGUUUAUUUAUGCCCAAUUGCUUGAAAAAAGUUGGUGUACUACAACUUUUGACCGGUUAUGCAUCUGUGAAUGAAAAAGUAUUUGCCUCCUUCCUGAUUUCCUCUAUUAUUGCAUAUGGGGCGACAUGGCUCAGGCAGUAAGAGCAGUUGUCUGGCAGUCGGAGGGUUGCCGGACAGACACCUGCAAGACACCUAACCCCCAAAUGCUCCUGACGAGCUGGUCGGCGCCUUGCAUGGCAGCCAAUCGCCGUUGGUGUGUGAGUGUGUGUAUGAAUGGGUGAAUGAAAAGCAUCAAUUGUACAGCGCUUUGGAUAAAGGCGCUAUAUAAAUGCCAACCAUUUACCAUAUGUGUCGCACAGAAGGGUUUAAGAUCUUUAGGAAUCCCUUCCUCCAAUAAAAAUUGCAUUUAUUAUUUUGAAUGUGGACACAAAUACAAAAAUGUUUGUAUUAUGAUUUUUAUUUAUUUUUUUGGUCCAUAUGCAAAUUAGUUCAUGAACAAUUAAUAGAACAAAUUGAUAUGUUAGUUAAAACACUUGCUGUUGUCUUGUGUGUUGUCUUGUCUUGGUGGAUUAAGUCAGAGUUCAGUUUUAUGUCAGUGCGAUGAAUUACUCAAUAUCUGGGGAAUUUCGAAAAUGUAUGUUAUUUUUUUUGUUGUUGGAGUGCUUGGUAUACUUGACACGGCUGGUAUAAAAGCAUGUUAAUGAACUACUUAAAGUUUCUACGAUGUCACGAUCAAAAAAUAUUCCAGGAGGAAUGAGAAAAAAGUUGUUGAAACAUAUCAGUCUGGAAAAUGUUACGAAGCCAUUUCUUAGCCUCUGUGACUCCACCAAACCACAGUGAGAGCAAUCCAAACGGAGAACACUCGGAACAGUGGUGACUAUUCCCUCAGCUGUUUAUAUAUAGAAGAGAGCGAUAGAUGGACAUAUGUGUACAGUUCAUAUACAGUCACAUCUCUAAAUGGUAUUUUGUUUUUGUCUGUGAAUGAGAAACAACCCCACCUGUGGUUUUCUGCUCACAGGGUAGAAAGACACACUGCCAGCCAGUAUUAAAGCAUAGUAUUUCAAUUCAGUAAUUGGCACACACCACCACCUUUGUCUGCUUUUGUUAUUACAAAGAAACAUAGUCAUCCUUGUUGAAGACCUGGCAGUGUAUGGGCUGUCAAGCUUGUCUACAGAACAGGUUAAGACCUAGAGUUGCAGAGGAUAGCUUCAUCCCACCCCACCCCCCCCUCCCCUAUCACUCACCUCUGUCAGAUGUGCCUUUGAUUUAUUUGGAGAUGAACACCAGCAGGCUAAGAUAACAGUGGCAGCUUAUGGGAUUAAUGGGAACUAUUGAUCAUAAAGUAGAAGAGGUUUGCUUUUUUAAAGUUUAUAUGUGCAGUACUGUUAAAAAGUCUUUCAAAAAUAAUGAACUGAAAGUUUCUAAGUAUCCAAAAAAUGUACUAUAAAGUGCAGUAAAUGGUUAAAAACGAAAUCGAAUCAAUAUUUAGUGUGACUACCCUUCAUCUUUAAACAUAAGUUCUCUUUGGUACACUGUGCUGAAGUUUUAUAAGAAAAUCGGCUGAUAGGUUAUACCAAACAUAUUGGAGAACAUGCCACUUUUCCUCUGUUCUUCUGUAGGCGUUUGCUGUCUCACUUGCUUCUUGUUCUCCAGGUAAUACCAGACGGCCCUGAUCAAGUUUUUGUCUGAAAUACAGUAUGUUUGGAAAUUUGGUCUUUUCUACUCGCACGCAAAUGCGGAAAACCAAAAGACUUUAGCACAGUACUGUAUACACAUGCAUUCAGUGACCGCUUUAUUAGGUAGACCUGUACACUAUCUUGUUAAUGCAAAUAUCUAAUCAGCCAAUCAUAUGGCAGCAAUGCAUAAAACUAUGCAGACAUGGCCAAGAGGUUCAGUUGUUGUUCAGACCAUGGAAUGAUUGUUGCUGUCUGAUGGGGUGGUUUGAUAAUCUUGGAAACCGCUAAUCGCCUGGGAUUUUCACAUGCAACAGUCUCUAGUUUGUAGAGAAUGGUGUAAAAAACAUAAACGUCAAGCGAGUGGCAGUUCCAUGUGACUGGUUCAAACUGACAUGGAGGUGACAGUCACUCGAGUAACCAUGCAUUACAACAGUGGUGACAGAGCAUCUCUGAACACACAACAUAUCGGAUCUUGAAAUGAAAUACAACAGCAUAUGAGUCCAAAGUCUAAAAUACCUAAUAAAGUGGUCAUUGAGUAUACACUCAGCGAGCACGUUAUUAGGUAUUUAUUAUACUUAUUUUUUAUCGUUUAGACUUAAGUCUUCUGUUGCUGUAGCCUGUCCAUUAUGACAUUACAUUAUAGUCAUUUAGCGAACACUCUUAUCCAGAGCGACGUACAAUAAAGUUCAAAUCUAUCCACUUCGCAGUUUGAGGCGUUGUGUGUUCAGAGAUGCUCUACUGCAUGCCACUUUUGUAAUUUGUGGUUAUUUGCGUUACUGUCACCUUCCUGGCAACUGAACCUCUUGACCACGUCCGCAUGCUUUUAUGCAUUUAGUUGCUGCCACAUGACUGGCUGAUUAAAUAUUUGCAUUAACAAGCUGGGGCAUAGGUCUAGCUAAUACAGAGGUCACUGAGUGUAUAUGUACUGUAUUAAAUGGUUUUUAGUGUUUCAGGAUAUGUAUCAAGCAAUGCACUAUUGUCUUAAGGUGACAACCCGGUUCUCCUGUUAGUAACUACUGUGUAUUGGUGGAUGUAUUAUUACUAUUUUUUUAAAUUGUCUUUAUGUUUUAUGGAAAUUUAUUUUUAUUUAUUUUUGUUUGGAGUUUGAAUACCUUUGGGAGUUGAGGUGUAAUAUUCUUACAGCUAAAAAAUAAAAGAUAAAAUGUG